CGGGGCGAAGGCGCGGAGAGGCGAGGCGGAGCGGGCCGGGCGGCCGGUCGCGUUUGUUGUCAUCUCAAGAUGGAGUUUCUGCUGGGGAACCCCUUCGCCACCCCGGUGGGGCAGAGCCUCGAAAAGGCCACUGAUGGCUCCCUGCAGAGCGAAGACUGGACGCUGAACAUGGAGAUAUGUGACAUCAUCAAUGAGACCGAAGAAGGCCCAAAGGAUGCUGUUAGAGCUCUCAAGAAAAGACUGAAUGGAAACAAAAACUACAGAGAAGUGAUGCUGGCUCUAACGGUACUGGAAACGUGCGUAAAGAACUGCGGCCAUCGCUUCCAUAUCCUCGUAGCCAACCGAGAUUUCAUAGAUGGCGUCCUGGUGAAAAUCAUUUCACCCAAGAAUAAUCCUCCCACGAUCGUUCAAGAUAAAGUCCUUGCCCUGAUUCAGGCUUGGGCUGAUGCCUUUCGAAGUAGCCCUGAUCUCACAGGGGUUGUGCACAUUUAUGAAGAGCUCAAGAGGAAAGGGGUAGAGUUCCCCAUGGCUGAUCUGGAUGCUCUGUCUCCGAUACACACCCCGCAGAGAAGCGUUCCUGAAAUUGACCCGGCUGCCAACAUGCACAAGUCCCAGUCUCAGCAGAAGAUGAGCUCCUCUACCUCUCCGACAGCUUUCCCGGGUUCUCAGGCCCCUGCCCUGAACGUGGCCGGCCCUAUCACAGCAAAUACGGAACAGAUUGCACGAUUACGCAGUGAGUUGGAUGUUGUUCGUGGCAACACAAAGGUGAUGUCAGAGAUGCUCACAGAAAUGAUCCCCGGGCAAGAGGAUUCGUCAGACCUUGAGUUACUGCAGGAGCUGAACCGCACUUGCCGAGCUAUGCAGCAGCGGAUUGUGGAGCUGAUCUCCAGGGUGUCCAAUGAAGAGGUCACGGAGGAGCUGCUUCAUGCCAAUGAUGACUUGAAUAACAUCUUCCUCCGAUACGAGAGGUUUGAACGCUACAGGUUGGGUCGAUCUGCACAGAACACAAGUAAUGGGGUUCUCAGUGAAGUGACUGAGGACAACUUAAUAGAUCUGGGCCCUGGUUCUCCAGCAGUGGUCAGCCCCAUGGUUGGGAACACAGCCCCCGCCUCCACCCUUUCUUCUCAGCUGGCUGGGCUUGACUUGGGCACAAACAAUGUGAGUGGAACGCUAAGCACGCUCCCCCACAGCGAUCCCCGUGAUGACUUCGACACGUUUGCACAAACACGAGGCGGUCCCUUGGCAGAUCAGCGCAAGACCAUGACAAGGGAGGAUCCACCGGCAGCAAAAGGACCCGCACCUGCCCCGGAUAUCCGGAAACCCAGUUCAGGAGGGGUAAUGGUAAUGAGGCUUUCUGUUCUCAACACGCAGAGGAGAGGUAAAGGUGGGAGUUCACACAUGGAGCCCAUAGACAGGUGGCUCAUCUCCCAAGGAAUGAUUCCUGUCCCACAAUCCUCUGUCAUGGAGGACAUUGAGGAAUGGCUCAGUACCGACGUGAAAGGAGAUGAACCAGAGGAAGGUGUGACCAGCGAAGAAUUUGACCGAUUCCUCGAGGAGCGGGCCAAAGCAGCUGAAAGGAUCCCCAAUCUGCCCUCACCUCCUCAGGAGGAGCCCACGCCGCCGCCGCCGCCACCCGCGAACCCCCCCAGCAAAAGGAAGCCGGAGCGCUCCGAGGAUGCCCUCUUCGCUCUGUAACCCUCCUCCCCCCCGGGCUCCCCUCGCACAGGAGGUGGCAGCGGCUCACGCCGGGAGCAAUCCAGCUAGCAAUGGGCUCCCUCCCGUCCCCAGGGGUCUGAGAUCAGAUGGGCCCUUUCCUUUCCUCUGGGACCCCACCUCAUUCCUCUAACCCAGCGUUUCUCAACCUCGGCCACUUUAAGCUGUACGGACUUCAACUCCCAGAAUUCCCCAGCCAGCCUCCUCCUGGGAGUUGAAGUCCACACAGCUUAAAGUGGCCGGGGUUGAGAAACACCGCCCUAACCUUGGAAGGGUCGGGACUGCUGUUCUACCCCUCGGACAGGCAUGGUUUUCCACUUAACUCCCUCUCUCGCCUCUGCCCCGUUGAUGCUGCUGCAGUUUUUUUUCUUUUUAAAAAAAGAGAUCUGCAUGACUCCUUUCAUGACUCCUCCCCCCUGCUCCCCCCCCCCACCUAGACAAAACAGCCAGGCCUUCGAUCCUGUCUUUGCUCUAGGCGGGACCUACCCCGGGCCCUGGGCCCUCCGGUGGCCCUCCUGCAGAAAUCAAACCAGACCUUCAGUAUCCCCAUCCCCACUGCAACUUUUCCCCCUCUUAGCUCUCCCUGGAUAGUUGGUAGAGAAGCUGAUCUGGAGGAGGCUUGUCUGGGAGGGUGACGCCAGGUCUUGCAAAGGCCCCCACGGCAGCACCCUUCAGCCGGAACGCCUGCGCGGGUUCCGUCGGUUAGGAAGGAGCCUCUCUGCAGGCCCUAGAGCAAAGGGGCUGCACCUCGUUUCUUCCACGGCCCCCGGUCUCUAGGUGGGCUCAGAGGUUCAGCUCUGCCCGUGGGGGACAGGCCAGUGAGCCCCUCCAACUGUCUUUCCUAGAAUCGCAUUUAUGAGGGGACGAGAAAAGAUUGCACUUUGUACUGGAAACACUAACCCUGCGCAGCAGCAUCUUCGGAGGUAUGAAACACUCUGCGCAUGGGUGGACGCAUGGGUGUGUGUUUGUGUGUGCGUGUAUGUAUGUGUGUGGGUGUAUUAAAAACUUCUUUGCGUUCAGAAUCACUAAAUGGCGCGACAUCAUCAGCGGGAUCCUUUUCCAAACACUACUAAUGAAAGGGCGGGAAGGGGGUCGUGGGGCGGCCCUGUUGAACUUCUGCGCUUCCGCGACUCCGGCAUCUCAGCACCGUCUGCUUAAGGGGGACCUUAACUGUUACCCCACCCCCAGCCCGGCCCGGCCUGCCUUUUCUUCUCUGCCAGAAGGUUCUUCUGCGGUCUUUUGUUUAAUACUGCCGUAUGUUCGGAGGUUGACCGGAAAAGAGAUGCAGUUCUUUUUUGAAACACGUGUCCCACUCUGGGGAGAUAUUGUAGCCUUGUCCCGCCUUUUAAAAAGAAAAAGGCAAAUGCUUCUAGAGGCCGCAUUUCUAUAGGGCAGAUGCAAUUGGAGUUUUAUUUUAAGAGGGUGCAAAAGCAACUCGGUGCCUGCAGGAGAACAGCUUCCUGACGAAAUUACGUUAAGUUAAAACGCGUUACCCCAAAGCAAGGGCAUCCUGGACACAGCUUGGGCACCGCAGGCUGCUUUGCCUCUGCCCCAGGAAAGGAAGCGACACUUCCAUGUGCCUGGGCAGAGGAUCUGGUGGCUCCCCAACUGGGCAGGGCCACUGCCAGCCUGGGCAAGAGGCCGCCUUUUUUUCCAGGGCCCCAUCAUGUGAUCUUCGUCCCGAGACUUCCCCACCGCCAGCAUCGCUUGGCACGGUCUUCAAGCCUGCCUUUAGCAAUCCGGGAGGUGGAGCGGAUGUUUCUUGGCGAUCCCGACAACCCAUUGGGCUCACCGAGACCUGCAGGAAAAGCAGCUGUGGUGCUCAAACCCUCCCCUCCCCUGCUUGGGAUGACCCUCAUGUGGGGUGGCUUCAGCAGACCGGGCAGAGAAGUGACAGGAGCAAAGGAGAAAGAAAGCCCGGCUAACCUCUCUUGGGGAUUUGGCACUUUUUGACAUUUGAAGUACACGGUCUAGAAAAGAGCUUUUUUUCCACAGCUUGCUCCACAAAUCUACGCACUUACCUGCUCACUGUGUCCCCCAGCUGCCCCCCUGUACCUUACAGUCAUUACAGCCCAGAGACACACACACACCCCUGCCACCUCUGCAAGGUCACGGCUGGUCUUCCUGGGUGGAGGCAACAGACCUGGCUUGGAUGCCCCGGGCAGGCCAGGAGUGUCGCCUGGGGCCUCCGCUGACCCCUAACCGAGAGCCUGCUCACCCCACCAGCUGCUAGCCGCUGCUACCCCACCCCCCACUCCUUAGCUCUUGGAAUGGAUUUUAGGGAGGAGAUGAAACACACUGACCGACCGACCAUAGUUCCCACAGCAGCCGCCAGAAGCUCCCCAGCCUGGUAUUUGGCUUCUGAAGGGAGAAUUACACAGGAAGAAUUACACAGCCUUAUUGAAAACAACCCGCCCCCCAGCUUGGCAGCAAGAAGCUGGCUUGUGCUUUGGACGGUUUGCUGGACUUCCCUGGCAAACCAGCUUGCGUCUCUCUCGGGAGGAGAGGCAGGCUCCCUCUGGCCUGACCUCUCACUGGCUCCCUUCGCUCCCUAUUUCCCUUUUCCACUGCAUCCUUCCCAAGCUUCGGACCAGUAACCGAGUCAGUCCCAAAACACCCGCCUUCCAAAUUUGCUGUCCCCAAACACGUCUCCAGAGCCUCUUCCCUGGGCUUCCUGUUGGUUUGCAUCUUGCCAGUCCCCCCCGCGCCAAGAGACUCCCUACCCGCUAAUUGUCAAGCACCUCCCUCUUCCCCUGGAACCGGCAUCAUAGCAUUGCCAUCGGUAUAUCUCAAACUACCACUCCUCCCCUAGAUGUCCAGAUUAAACACGGAUAAUAUUUAUUGACAGAUGAUACUCGACCUUCAUUUUAUUUGAGGGAGAAAGUUGACAGGCGGGCAAGUGGAAUUUAUUGUUUAAAGAAAAAUGUAAAGAUUUACUAUGUAAAAAUAAUAAUAAUACUUAAACCCAUUUAAAACUGCCCUAGCUUCUCCUUCCUCCACUAGUGACGAUAUGCCUGAGAGCGCAAAACCAGCUGGGGGGUUUUGCAUAUGGUUGUAUUAAUCAAUGGUCACUUAACUCCCCUUUCGGAUGUCUGUGUCUCUGUACAUAUAUAUACAUAUAUAUAUAUAUAUAGUUUCUGCAUGUGAAAAUCCUCUCAAUAAAAAAGAAUAGUGCAAUCUG